AUGUCGGGCGCGGACGAGGAGGCGGCGGCGCUGGGCCGGCUGCUGGGCGCGGCGGGCGGCGUGGAGCGCGCGGCCUUCCGGCGGGUGCUGAAGCUGGCGGCGGGCGCGCUGCGGGGCCGGGACUGCCGCGAGGCGGCUUUGCGCCUGGCGGGCGACGCGGGGCUGGCGGAGGAGCGGCUGGGCGCGCUGCUGGCCGCCGCGCACGCGCUGCUGCGGCGGCUCCCGCGCCCGCCCGCGCCCGGCGCCGCGCCCGACGCCCUCCGCGAGCGGCUGCGCGAGCUGGGCCUGCCGGCGGACGCGGCGGCCGACGUGGCGAGCGUGGCGAGCGCGGCCCCGGCCCCGGCCCCGAGCGCGGGGCUGCCGCGCCUGGUCGGGCUGCGCUGGCGCGUGGACGUGGCCGUGUCGACCGGCGCGCUGGCCCGCUCGCUGCAGCCCUCGGUGCUGCUGCAGCUGCGCCUGUCGGACGGCUCGGCGCGCCGCUUCGAGGUGCCCGGCGCGCGGUUCCACGAGCUGCGCUACGGCCUGGCACGCCUGCUGCGGGACGUGGCCGAGCUCGAGCGCCAGUGCGAGCGCCGCCUGCAGGACUGA